AAAUCUCAUGACCCUCGCCAUGGUAAAUACAUGUCUUGCUGCCUAUUGUACCGUGGUGAUGUGGUUCCCAAACACAUCAAUGCUGCCAUUGCCGCCAUCAAAACCAAGCACAGCAUCCAGUUUGUGGACUGGUGCCCUACUGGUUUCAAAGUGGGCAUCAACUACCAGCCUCCCAUGGUGGUCCCCGGGGGAGACCUGGAGGUGCAGCGGGCUGUGUGCAUGCUGAGCACCACCACAGCCAUCGCUGAGGCCUGGGCCUGCCUGGACCACAAGUUUGACCUGAUGUACGCCAAGCGGGCCUUUGUCCACUGGUAUGUGGGGGAGGGCAUGGAGGAAGGGAAGUUUUCUGAGGCCAGAGAGGACAUGGCUGCCCUGGAGAAGGAUUAUGAGGAGCUUGGUGUGGAUUCUGUGGAAGGCGAGGGUGAGGAAGAAGGAGAGUAAUACUAA